CUUAGCAUGCCUCACUUGUCCUGUGCUUCGUGUGGAUAUUCACGAGAGGCGUCUUUGCCAGAACUUCAAAAGAGUGGUUACUGGCCUGGUAACAUCCCUGCAAGUGCACUGUUCACAACAGAUGUGCUUGUCUCAUUUCAAGAGAUGAAAAUGGCAUCACCAGGGAUGUCUUUUCAAGCAUUUGUUAAAAUGUUUGAUGAGAAAACAAUUCUCUUUGGUAGAAGUGGAAAAAUAUCGGCCAUUGCCUUCAGCUGCAGUUUCAAUGAAUGGGUUGCAGCAAGAUAUGCAGUGGAAAAGAUGUGUCAGGAGGAGUUUUUCACUUGUCUAGCAUGCACUCCGGACAUGUUAGCUGUAUCUGUUGAUGGCAAUCGCAAACACUAUCGCUUUAAAAACAAAGCAAGCACAGAGAAAAGGGCAUUACUUGACCAACUUUUUAUACAGAGUGAUGUGGAUGUGUACUGAUCACGUGUCGGGAAGAGGAUUAUGUGGUGCAUCACACUGGACAGCAGCAAAAGAACUGGCCAAGAAAUCAAGCAGCAAACUGGAUGAGGAGGGAUUAGAGAUCGCUGUCUGUCGCCAUGGCGUUCUCCUUAUGGCCUUAAAUAUGUUUCGAGGGGAAAUUUUUGCUUACCCACUUUUUCUUGCAGACAUGUCACAGGGGAGCAUCAAAUUCUUCUGUUCAGAUGUAGCCUGUAUUUCCAAGCACUUCCCCGAGCUGCAGUCUUUACUGGACAUGCAUCCUUUUCUGUCAGUGAUGCAUGCCAAAGCACACUAUUGGAAAUGUGAGGUCAAGUAUAGUGGGGCCUACCAGGAAGGAGCUGGGUCAACUAUUGGUGAGGAAGUGGAGCAGGCGAACAGCUUCCUAUCUAGAAUUGCUGUUACAAGCAAAUACAUGUCAAAAUCAGGCCGAGCAGACAUGAUUACAAUGCAAGCCAUGUUGUGGAUUAAGCGGAAGAUUCUCAAUUUGGGACAAGCUCUGGUUAACAGAUAUGUAAAGGAUUCUGUUCGUUCACUGGAAGCACAUUACGUGACUAUGUUCUCAUACAGGAACAGAAGACUUGGGACGAAGCACAGGAUUAUUGCAGAAGGACUCACAUUGACUUAGCCACAGUUCAGAGUACUGAAGACUCUGCAAAUCUACGAGAAGCAGUUUAUAAAAUGAGUAACAUGGCCUGGAUUGGACUGUACAAUGACAUUAAUAGCUGGCGGUGGUCUUAUCAGGAUGAGAAAAUUACAUUCCAGAAUUGGGAAACUGGGGAACCAGACAACAUUGGCGGACAUGAGGAAUGUGCUUCGAUAUAUUAUACCAGCACAUGGAUUGAUGUGCGUUGCACUAAACUAUUUCCUUUUUUUUGCUAUACAGGUAAGAAAAUGAUAGCAACAUGUGUUCAUAAUGUGGAAAUUCUGAACAGACUUUGCAGUAACAGAUUUUUUUAAAAUACACUCACUAGGUAUAAUACUUAAGAUAAUUUAUAACUUCGGUAGGGCUACCUCUGAAUUAUUCCCGAAAAACUCUGAUGAUGACGAAAACCUUUAUUGCCCCGAGGGGAAUUUGUUUUGCACUCAAGGGAGCCACAUUUAACAUUAACACAGAUAACAUAAAGGAUACAGUAAAAAGUAAAACAAAACAAACAACAACACAGCAAUGGUGUUGACAUACAAACACAAAUUGAGGGUAUACUGAUCUGCGAGAUUGGAGAUGCUUUUAACCUCAGAUCCAGUAAUUUUCCUGACCAUUUUAGUCACCUUUUUUGAGCAUAUUCCUGUUCUGGACAGAAAGAGAACUUAUACUCCUCCACAGUCUCAAUAACUGUCCCUUGAAUAGUAACAGGUUGCAGUGGAGGGGGCCUUUUCCUUAAAUCGAUCACCAUUUCUUUUGUUUUUGAAAUAUUUAAAAUUAAUGAAUUUUGACUGCACCAUUAAUGAAAUUGGUCAACCUCAGUCCUAUAGUCCUGUUCAUUAUCGGUUAAAAAAACCAACUAGGGCAGCAUCAUCUGCAAACUUAAUCAGUGAACAGUUAGAAUGGUGACU